AUGCCGUUCCUUGCCGAACAACAUAUGAGCAUACCGGAGAAAGAUGUACUGUCCUGGUAUUUUGACUCGCCCGAAUUCCCGCAAGACGACCCUGUGUAUAUUGACGCUCUCGAUACGUCAAAGUACUGGACCGCCAACCAAUGUCGAAAGGCGAUACGACAGCUAGCGGCGGGCUUUCGGCGGUUGGGACUGAAGAAUGGUGACUGCGUUUGCAUAUUCGCCUUCAAUUCGAUGGACUACCCAGUUUUGGCCAACGGCAUUAUUGGGUUCGGGGGCGUCUACACCGGGUGCAAUCCGAGCUACACCACCUACGAACUUACACAUCAUCUUCGAAGUUCUCGGGCAUCUGUUGUCAUCGUGGAGCCGGAGCUCGUCAAAACUUGCUUCGAAGCAGCAGAAAAGGUAGGCCUUCCUCAUGAGCGCAUUUUGCUAUUUGCAGAUGCCGAUAGCCAUGGUCUAAAAAGCUGGAAAACCCUUUUCAAUUGCGGAGAGAUCGAUUGGCCCCGAUUCAGCGAUAAAGCGACUGCUCAAAACACGACUGCAGCAUUGCUCUACAGCUCAGGCACGACAGGUCUCCCCAAAGCUGCCAUGCUCUCACACUACAAUCUGAUCGCACAGCAAACAUUAUUCUGGGAAUGGAAAGCCUCGCCGUGGAAGAAACGCCGUCUUGUUGCAUUGCCAAUGUUUCACGCAGCCACCGCACCCUUGUGUCAUUUUGCACCUUUGCAUUCUGGUGACAAAAUGUUUAUUCUUCGCCGCUUCGAGAUCGAGAGCUUCUUGAAGUGCAUCGAAGUGCACCAGAUCAAUAUUGGCGCCUUUGUUCCGCCCAUGGUGCACAUGAUAAUGAACUCGCCUCUGUCCAAGAAGUACAGUAUGAAGUCCAUACGUCACGCUCAUGCCGGCGCUGCACCGUUGGAUGCGGGUAGCCAGGCCAGAUUCAGAAAGCUUCUAUCACCUGAAGCGCCCCUGACACAGGUAUGGGGUAUGACGGAGACGAGCUGCACCUGCAGUUGUUUGCCAUACGAAUACGGAGACGAGACCACCGGUUCGGUAGGACAGAUGCUGCCAGAUAUGGAUGUCAAGCUGUGCGACGAUGACGGAAAGGACAUUACCGCAUUCAACGUCCGAGGAGAGAUUUGUGUACGUGGACCUCUGGUUGUGCAAGGAUACUACUUGAACCCUCAAGCGAACGCCCGCGAUUGGGACGAAGAGGGGUUUUUCCAUACUGGAGAUAUUGGUUAUCGAGAUGCCGAGAGCAAGCUGUGGUACAUCGUCGACCGCAAGAAGGAGUUGGUCAAAGUCCGAGGUUUCCAGGUCUCACCGAGCGAGAUCGAAGGCGUCUUGCUGGAACAUGCCGACAUCGUAGACGCCGCAGUCAUUGGCGUACCUGCUCGAAAAGCUUCUGAUGGAGAAGAGCCAAGAGCGUACGUGACUUUGAGAGAAGGGUCGUCUCUGUCGGAAGACGCGAUCCGAGGGCUGCUCAAGACACAACUGGCACACUACAAACAAUGCGUUGGAGGCAUCGUCGUGGGAACGGAGAUCCCAAAGAGCCCAAGCGGCAAGAUUUUGAAACGUUUGCUUGUCGAGCGAGCGAAGCAAGAGAUGGCACGUGGAAGCCGUGAAUCUAGGUUGUGA